AUGGACACGCACCGCAGCCACCUACGAGUCUCCUGCGAUCCAAGCUUCUGGACGUCCCGAUCCCGAUCCAAGCUCCUGGACGUCGUGAUAGAGAAGGAUAACGAGGAUGGGGCCAGGAUCCAAGGCCCUCGGCUCGUGCCAGUGGGCGGCGUGUGCCUGCAAAGCACGUCCGGCCUUCUGAGGCACGAGCUGACCGCCUCCGGCGCGCGCGACUUCCCAAGCGAGUUCGAGCACGCGAUCUCGCACGCGACGCAGCCCGAGUGGGUCGACUGCGCGGGGUACCUCAUCUCGUCGCAUGCGACUGCCCCGCCUGUGUGCCCGCAGGUGACCGGAAAGCUCUCCAGCAUCCUGUCGCUGUACGCUCCGCUGGUGGUACCAGAGGGCCACUGCCGCCCCCAGGCGCUGGGCGAGGUCAUGUUCGAGCAGGCGGAGGUCAACGACGCGGACUUCUCGCACUACUGCACCUCCCUCCCUGAUGUCGACCGUGUCCAGGACGGCGCGGUCUGCGCGGCCACGUUGAACCCUGCCAGCAAGCUGGCGAGCGAGACUGCCAAGGCGGGCGGGGGCCUGCACCCCGACGUCACCACAGUGAUGCUCCGCCACAUCCCGUGCUGGUGCUCGGAGUGGCAGGUCAUGCGCGAGAUCGACGACGCCGGGUUCGUGGGCAUGUACGACUUCUUCUACCUCCCGCUGGGCACCCGAUCUAAGGCCAACCGCGGCUCUGCCUUCCUGAACUUCUGUUCCCCCGCCAUCGCGCAGGAGCUCUACGCCGUCUUCCACGGCGGCGAGCUCUGCCGCCACCCCGCGGAGCUCGCGGAGCGCGCGCUCGCCGUGCUUCCCGCCGACCUCCAGGGCUUCGACCGCAGCGCCGCCCACUACCUCUCCUCGCGCGCGCACAUGCGAGGCGCCGCUCCGGCGAAGAACCGGCCGCUCUUCUUCAAGGCCCUGCCGCCGCACCUGGCGGGCCUCGCGCAGGAGGGUCCCGGCGCUGCUGCGCCGCCGGCCCGCGGCGGCGUGCCGCGGCAGACGGUGCGCUGGCAGGCGGCGCAGGCCACGGCUGCCCCGCCGCGCGCGAGGUUCUGCGCGUAUUGCGGCAGCCCCAAAGAGGGAGACGGCAGCUUCUGCCCCAGGUGCGGCCAGCGCUGGCUGGCGUGA